AUGGCUGCAUCUACCACACUCAACGAUGGAACAAUCGGUGACAUGUUUCCUCCCGAGCAGCGCGGAGGCGCUAUAUCACUUAUCAGUCUUUGUCCACUACUAGGUAUCAUCACUGAACUAAUCAUCGGAGGAUAUCUCACCGCCGCAGCGGGAUGGCGCUGGACAUUCUGGAUCAUCACGAUAGCAACCGGCGUGGUUCAGAUAGGAUUUUUAUUCCUGAGAGAAACAUACGCGGUAACGAUUUUCCAAAAAAAGACGAAGCGGUUAAGAAGAGAAACAGGAAACAUGGCACUCCGAUCUAAAUACGCGAAAAAUCUUUCUAAAGGCGACGUCUUCCGAACGGCAGCUUUGAGACUGGUAAAGAUGCUUCUCUUCUCUCCGAUUAUUCUGAUCGUGUCUCUGUAUUCGACAGUUAUCUAUGGAUGGCUCUAUCUAGUAAUGACAACCUUAAUCGAGAUAUUCGAGUCCCACUUCAACGUAUCACAAGGACCCGUCGGACUCACCUUUAUCGGGACAGGAAUCGGCAUGUUCAUUGGAGCCAUCAGCUGCACCCUCCUCCUCGACGAAUGGGCGAUCCGAGAGGCAGCUGGAGGAGAGAUACAGCCCGAAUACAGACUACCCGUUAUGGUUCUUGGCGGAAUAAUUCUCCCCAUCGGAUUCGUCAUCUACGGAUGGACAGCCGAAAAACACGUUCAAUACAUCGUCCCGAUUGCGGGUUGA